AGCUAACCGUCUGGAAAAGAGGAUAAAAAAACCUUAUAGCCCAAAAAUUUAGCUGCGGCGCACUCUGAUUCCAUUUCAUGCGUUGGCUAAGAGAUUUACAAUGCAGCUUUUCCUCUUCCUAGCAGCCUUGCUGGCCGUGGCAGGUCGAGUCAACGCGGCGCCUCUCUCUGAAAAAGACUCGCAGCUCCAUAACAAGCGAUCAUUCGUUGAACGCGAUGGCGUCAAUUACACAGUGUUUGAACACGCAGCUACGGGUGCACGAAUGGAAUUUGUGACGAAUUCUGGCAUCUGCGAGACUACAAAGGGUGUCAACCAGUAUUCCGGAUACUUUUCUGUGGGCUCGAAUAUGAACAUGUGGUUUUGGUUCUUUGAAGCCAGAAACAACCCAACUACAGCGCCUCUUGCAACAUGGUUCAAUGGUGGACCCGGUUGUAGCAGCAUGAUCGGUCUUUUUCAGGAAAAUGGGCCAUGCCAUUUUGUUGACGGAUCAUCCACACCCUCACUGAAUCAAUAUAGCUUCAACAAUUAUGCCAAUAUGUUGUAUAUUGAUCAACCAAUUGGUGUUGGCUUUUCAUACGGAACUGAUUCGGUUGAUUCAACGGUCACUGCAGCUCCGUACGUGUGGAAGUUGAUCCAAGCCUUUUUCGCCCAAUUUUCACAGUAUGAGAAUCGUGACUUUGGAAUCAUGACCGAAAGCUACGGUGGUCAUUAUGGCCCUGAAUUUGCCGAAUAUUUCCAACAACAAAAUACUGCGAUUUCUCAAGGCUCUGUACAAGGAGAGAAGAUAAAUCUGAUAGCUCUCGGCAUAAAUAAUGGUUGGUUUGAUGCCAAGCUCCAGUACAAGGCCUAUGUCGACUUCAGCUACAAUAACACAUACUCUCCCUUGAUCUCCGCCUCGCAAUACAAGUCGUACAUGAACAGCUAUAACAGCAACUGCGCACCAGCCGUGCAAUCCUGCUAUAGCUCAGGUUCAAAUUCGGCUUGCGAAAAUGCUGAAAAUGUCUGUUACCAGGACAUCGAGGGGCCUCUAAGUGAAAGUGGCAAUUUCGACGUCUAUGAUAUCCGGGAGCCGAGCAAUGACCCAUAUCCACCUGAAACAUACGUAAACUAUUUGCAGAGCUCAAGCGUGGUCAAAGCCAUUGGAGCUCAGACAACUUACCAAGAAUGUCCGAACGCCCCGUAUAACAAGUUUGAGUCAACGGGAGAUGAUUCCCGCUCUUUUAUCAGCCAGCUCAGCGAUGUUGUUUCGUCAGGAGUCACCACGUUACUUUGGGCGGGUGAUGCUGAUUGGAUUUGCAAUUGGUUUGGUGUUCAGGCUGUCGCGGAAUCAGUGAACUAUUCGGGUGCGUCUGCGUUCAAAAACAAGGCUCUGGCCCCCUACACAGUCAACGGCGCCUCGGCCGGCACGUUCAAAUCAGUCAAUAAUUUUUCGUUCCUCCGAGUCUUCGGUGCCGGCCAUGAAGUCCCAUACUAUCAGCCAGCUGUUGCGCUUCAAGUUUUUGAACAAAUCAUGCAAAGGAAAUCCAUAUAUUCGACUUAG